CGCCGCCCGAAACAGGCCGCCGAAAGACGCGCCCUACGCGCCUCCUCCACCCGUACACUUCUCUCAUACCGGGUUUUAGUUUCGUACCAUAAUGACAUAGCCCCAGUGCCGUGCGACGAGACUACGUGAAGCGCACAUUUUAGUUUUUUCGUUGAGACGAGGAAGCCGUAACGGUCUCCAUUGUUCCAGAACUAGCGACGAUCUACUUCAUUUCGUCGAGGAACGCAGAAGAGACCACAAGGCGGUCUACUCUUUUAAGUCCGCCUUUGCAUAAAGACUAGCUAAAAUGGGCGAGACCCGUCGGAAACCUCCUGCGAAAAAACGGAAACCCGGAGAUUUAGAUGACCUUAAACAGGAGCUAGAUAUCGAUUACCACAAAGUAACGCCCGAAGAACUUUACCAAAGAUUUCAAACACAUCCCGAAAAUGGACUCAGUCAUGCAAAGGCGAAAGAAAAUCUUGAACGAGAUGGUCCAAACGCACUCACACCUCCAAAACAAACUCCCGAAUGGGUGAAGUUUUGUAAAAAUCUAUUCGGCGGCUUCGCUUUAUUACUGUGGAUUGGUGCUAUUCUAUGCUUUAUUGCCUAUGGAAUUCAGGCCAGUACGGUUGAGGAACCAUCGGAUGAUAACUUGUACCUUGGUAUUGUAUUGGCGGCUGUUGUAAUCGUGACUGGAAUCUUCUCGUACUAUCAAGAAAGCAAGUCGUCCAAGAUCAUGGAAUCUUUCAAGAACAUGGUACCUCAGUUUGCCACCGUCAUUCGCGAAGGAGAAAAGUUAACGCUCCGAGCUGAAGAUUUGGUACUUGGUGACAUUGUUGAGGUUAAAUUCGGUGAUCGGAUUCCUGCUGACAUUCGCAUCAUUGAAGCACGUGGUUUCAAAGUAGAUAACUCCAGUUUGACUGGCGAGUCUGAACCACAGUCCCGAGGACCCGAAUUUACCAAUGAGAACCCCUUAGAAACCAAGAACUUGGCAUUUUUCUCUACGAAUGCUGUUGAAGGCACUGCUAAAGGAGUGGUCAUCUGCUGCGGCGAUAACACGGUCAUGGGUCGUAUCGCUGGAUUGGCAUCAGGCUUAGACACGGGAGAGACCCCCAUCGCUAAAGAAAUCCAUCAUUUUAUUCACUUGAUUACUGGCGUUGCUGUAUUCCUCGGAGUUACCUUCUUCCUUAUUGCGUUCAUCCUCGGCUAUCAUUGGCUCGAUGCUGUUAUUUUCCUCAUCGGUAUCAUCGUAGCUAACGUACCCGAAGGUUUACUGGCGACUGUAACUGUAUGUCUGACUCUCACUGCCAAACGUAUGGCCUCCAAGAACUGCCUGGUUAAGAAUUUGGAAGCCGUAGAAACUCUCGGAUCAACCUCUACCAUCUGCUCUGAUAAGACCGGAACUCUGACCCAGAACAGGAUGACUGUGGCCCAUAUGUGGUUCGACAAUCAGAUCAUCGAAGCUGACACAACUGAGGACCAGUCUGGAGUACAAUAUGAUCGUACAAGCCCUGGAUUCAAGGCCCUUGCCAAAAUUGCUACUCUCUGCAACCGAGCUGAAUUCAAGGGUGGUCAAGAUGGUGUACCAAUCUUGAAGAAAGAAGUUGCCGGUGACGCGUCUGAAGCCGCUUUACUGAAGUGUAUGGAACUUGCUCUCGGUGACGUCUUGUCAAUCAGAAAAAGGAACAAGAAAGUUUGUGAGAUUCCAUUUAACUCCACCAACAAGUACCAAGUUUCCAUUCACGAAAGCGAUGACCCCAGCGAUCCUCGCCACUUGCUUGUGAUGAAGGGCGCCCCCGAAAGGAUUCUGGAACGCUGCAGCACUAUUUUCAUCGGUGGCAAGGAAAAGGUUUUGGACGAAGAAAUGAAGGAGGCUUUCAACAAUGCUUACUUGGAACUUGGCGGUCUCGGUGAACGUGUGCUUGGUUUCUGCGACUUGCAACUGCCUUCCGACAAGUAUCCGAUCGGUUACAAGUACAACACCGACGACCCCAACUUCCCCCUGGACAACCUCCGCUUCGUCGGCCUCAUGAGUAUGAUCGAUCCUCCCCGCGCCGCCGUACCAGACGCUGUUGCGAAAUGCCGAUCUGCCGGUAUCAAGGUUAUCAUGGUAACAGGUGACCACCCUAUCACUGCCAAAGCUAUUGCCAAAUCUGUAGGAAUUAUCUCUGAAGGCAACGAAACUGUUGAAGAUAUUGCCGCCCGCCUGAACAUUCCCGUCUCUGAAGUUAACCCACGCGAGGCCAAAGCCGCCGUCGUUCACGGAACCGAACUCAGGGAGCUCAACUCCGAUCAACUCGACGAAAUUCUUAAGUUCCACACGGAAAUCGUAUUUGCCCGCACGUCCCCACAACAAAAGCUGAUCAUCGUAGAGGGUUGCCAGCGACUCGGAGCCAUCGUGGCUGUGACCGGAGACGGAGUCAACGACUCGCCCGCUCUCAAGAAGGCCGAUAUCGGUGUCGCUAUGGGUAUCGCCGGUUCCGACGUGUCCAAACAGGCCGCAGACAUGAUCCUGCUCGACGAUAACUUCGCGUCUAUCGUUACUGGAGUCGAGGAAGGUCGUCUGAUCUUCGACAACUUGAAGAAGUCCAUCGCCUACACGCUAACGUCGAACAUUCCCGAAAUUUCGCCCUUCCUCGCCUUUAUCCUGUGCGACAUUCCUUUGCCCCUCGGUACCGUUACGAUCCUUUGCAUCGAUCUCGGAACUGACAUGGUGCCCGCCAUUUCCCUGGCUUACGAGGAGGCCGAAUCUGACAUUAUGAAGCGACAGCCGCGUAAUCCUUUCAAUGAUAAGCUCGUUAACGAGAGGCUGAUUUCAAUGGCAUAUGGCCAAAUCGGAAUGAUCCAAGCAGCCGCUGGUUUCUUCGUGUACUUCGUGAUCAUGGCUGAGAACGGGUUCCUUCCUUUGAAACUGUUCGGUAUCAGAAAGCAAUGGGACUCGAAGGCCAUCAACGAUUUGACAGACUCAUACGGACAGGAAUGGACUUACCGCGACCGUAAGGCUCUCGAAUACACCUGCCACACCGCUUUCUUCGUGUCCAUCGUAGUAGUACAAUGGGCCGACUUGAUCAUUUGCAAGACCCGCCGCAACUCGAUCGUGCACCAGGGAAUGCGCAACUGGGCGCUCAACUUCGGACUCAUCUUCGAGACCGCGCUCGCCGCCUUCCUCUCCUACACGCCGGGUAUGGACAAGGGUCUGCGGAUGUAUCCUCUCAAGUUCGUGUGGUGGCUGCCCGCCAUUCCAUUCAUGUUGUCGAUCUUCAUCUACGACGAGAUCCGGCGCUUCUACCUGCGUCGCAACCCGGGCGGCUGGCUCGAACAAGAGACUUACUACUAAACUGCACCGACCACUGUCCACACCGUCGCGUCGUGCAACAGUUAGUUACUGCGUACAUAAGUUUUGUGUUCUUAUAUCAGACUGACAGAGGUCGCGGUGCCGUCUCGGUAUAUGUGUAAUCGCUGUCGUGUACGCUUCUCACCGCUUGUUACCGCAUCGCCGAACCCGCCGAGCGUCUGUCUCGCGCCGUCCGCGCGUCUAACGAACUAUCUAUGUAUAUAUGCAGUGUGGAAUGAAAUGAAUUUGUGAUGAUUAAAAUAUUAUACACAUAAUAUAAUUUUAAAUUUGUGAGUCGCGUUAUUUUUGUAUCGUAACUUGAGUAAUAUCGUUGUUAACGGAUGUCUCCGGGAACCUUGAAUCUGCGCGCUCGGCCGCGACUCGGUCGCUGUGGCUCGCGCGGCGCUACGAUAGAUGUCACUAAUGAUGUUGUUUUCACACCACGCUAAGUUCCGGACACCGUCUAGCGGUGGGCUCGCUCGCGCUCGGCGGCCGACGAGAAGCAUUUGUUGUAAUAUUAUUACAGUUAAGAAGCCAUGAGUAAAAUUAUUUAAGUGAUUUAGAUUAAGUUGAUUUUUUCGAGUGAAUAAUGUUUAGUUGACGAUUCGAACGGGUGCGUGGUGUGUGAGAGGUCGAUGUGGAGUGCCUGAGUUUUAGUGUACUACUGCUUACUGUUAGGUAGGUAGUUGAAAUUUUGAGCCAUAUUUUCGAUCGUAAAGUAGAUAAACGAAGCAUACACAGUCGCGAACGCUUGGAGGACCGCGGACGGCGGCGGGCGAUCGCCGACGGCGCGCCCUGGACCGCCGCGGACCUGCACGGACCGGUGCGGACCGGCGCGGACCGGCACGGGCGCCUCCGGUCGCCGCGCGCCGGCGCCGAACACUAUGCUUUUCUUUUUCUAAAAUUAACUGAAAACUUAGUGAUUUUCGUGAAGUUUAUUAAAAUAGGCUGCUCAUAAUAAUUAUGUAAGAUUUUAUUUCUUAAUUAAAAAAUAAUAAACAAAACGUAGAAAUGCGUAAUUAGAAAUUUUUAAAAUUAUACAGUUAUGAUAGAGUCAUCUUGUUUUAGCCGUCGCUCGGUGGCCCACCGCCCUACCGCGAGCCACCGAGGCCAACGGCUCAUUACAAUUUUCGUAACGAAUACAUAUAACAUAUAAUAAUGGUUACAAAAGUAAUAAUUAUAUUACAUUAUAGCGACUAUAAAUUAAAUUAUAUGAAAUGUUUAUAGAUUUAAAUGAUGUUUGUUUCUUUAGAGUGACUUUCUGUGCUUGUUCGAAGAGAACGAUGUACAUUUCACAGACAAUAGUCGUUGAUUAUUAUUGAUAUUAUUGUAAUGAUUGGAUCUUUGUAAGCUAUUCGUUUAACGUACACUGUAGAACUAACAUUGUUUUGCGUUCGACAGUUCUUUACACCGUUUUAUUUUAUAGUAUUACUCUGUUGGCUAGGAACGCUGUAAAAAUGUAAGUGUUAAUAAAAAAAACAUUUUCAAAAUAUUA